ACCUAUUUCGUGUUUUUUUUCGAUUUUCAUUUUGUCUUCGUUUCAUCGGUUCGUCGUUCGUUUAUCGUACAUAGUGAAAAUAACCAUGCAGCUCUUGGCUCAGAGAAUGCGCCUGUCUGGGACAACUGAGUACUGACCUAAUCUAAAAAUAGAAAUAGACCUAGACGCAAUAAAUAAAACCUAUCAGCUAGAUAGCCGCAGCCGCCACCAUGGUGAAUAAAAGCAAAUUUCAGGAAGUGCAGCAGGAACUCAAGAAAUUAUUUACGUGGAGUUAUCUUAAAGGCCUUGUAGUAAAUCCUGCCCAAUUACCCUUCGUCGCUUUCCUGAUCAUAGUGGCUGAAUUGGUGCUUAACAUUUUGAUAGUAGAAAGAGUACCUUACACUGAAAUUGACUGGAAAGCAUAUAUGCAAGAAUGUGAGGGAUUUCUAAACGGAACACUUAAUUACAGCAAACUUCGAGGAGACACAGGACCUUUAGUUUAUCCAGCAGGUUUUGUCUACAUUUACUCCAUAUUCUAUUUUCUUACCAAUCGUGGUGAAAAUAUCAAAUUAGCUCAGUACAUAUUUAUUGGUAUAUAUUUGUUAUUGCUUAGUUUAGUCCUUAGGAUCUACAUAAAAACAAGGAAAGUCCCACCAUAUGUGCUAGUCAUUACAAUUUUAACUUCCUAUAGAAUACAUUCUAUUCAUAUUUUACGAAUGUUUAAUGAUCCUGUUGCUGUACUAUUCUUAUAUGCAUCCCUGAACUUUUUUCUCGAGUCAAAAUGGUAUUUAGGAAGUCUAUUUUACAGUCUGGCAGUCUCAAUCAAAAUGAACAUUCUGUUGUAUGCACCUGCUUUAUUCUUCUUUUACAUAAUAAACCUUGGACUUAAAGACACUAUUAUACAACUAAUGGUUUGUGGUGUUGUGCAAGUAAUACUUGGUCUACCUUUUCUGAUAGUGGAACCUAUGGCAUACAUCAAAGGUAGUUUUGACUUGGGGAGAGUUUUUAAUCAUACUUGGACAGUUAACUAUAGAUUUUUAGAUAUAAAAAUGUUUGAAAGUCUGUAUUUCCAUUUGACACUAUUAUCUAUACACAUUUUGCUUUUGUUAAUAUGCUUACCUAUGUGUAUUAAAUACUUUCAAAGUUAUUGCCGUUUGAAAUAUGUACAAAGUCAAGUGCAACCUCAAAUAGAUGCCAAGAAUCAAGAUAGUAAAAGAAAAAUUAAAUUAAAGAAAGAUGUGAAAACUGCAAUGAGUACAAAGAAUAAUCAAGAAAAGCUUACAAAGGAGCAGGAAGAUUUUAUAAAUUCAUUUGAGGCUGUGUUGCAAAAAUCUUCACAAAAAGGUGGGAAAAAGGCACUUAAGAAGUCUACUGGUGAGGAAGCAGAGAAGCAGCAACACUACAGCAUCAAUUUUGAUGUAUUAUCACAAUUAUUUAUCUUGCCCAUGUUCUUAGUCAAUUUUAUUGGUAUUGUUUGUGCACGAAGUCUUCACUAUCAGUUCUAUUCAUGGUAUUUUCAUACUUUGCCUUAUCUUCUAUGGUCAACUAACUAUACCAUUAUUGUGAGAUUUUUAAUUUUAGCACUUAUAGAACUUAGUUGGAAUACAUACCCCAGUACUGAUAUAACAAGUGCAAUGUUACAUAUUUGUCAUCUUUGUGUAUUAUAUGGUGUUUUCAACAAAAUGUCUAAAGAAUUAAAUGUGGCGUCCAAAGUACAAUAGUAAUAAGGCAAAUGAUGAAAUUUUUAUACGAGUGGUUUUGAAAUAAAACUGUUUUACAUU